AUGCUGAUAACAGCUGCACUGAUAGCGAUUUUGAUAUACUUCCUAUCUAACCAAUGGAGACGGACAACGCAAUUACCCCCAGGGCCGUAUCCUGUACUGCUCAUUGGUAACUUACCGCAAAUUCUCUACUAUGGAUAUAAAUAUGGAGGAAUAGUUCCAGCACUGAAAUAUUUCAAGAAGAAAUAUGGUCCAGUAUUCACAAUUUGGAUAGGACCAAUGCCGUCCGUCAUAUCGCUGACUACAAGCUCAGUCAUGAGGCUAUGGUUCACUAUGGCUCAAAUUAUCAGGAUCGAUGGUCUCCAGCUCUAA